GGCGGCAGCACAGUCACACAGUCAGUCGCCUCUCGGCUCGCGUUGUGUGUUGACAAGUUGUGUGUGCUCGGCAUGCUCUAGACGCCAGUGAGUUGACAGUGUUGUGUGUAGUGUUGUCUCAACAGUGACCAUGGCACCCACCGGUUACCUCUUACUUCUUCUGCAGUUGUUCUGUGUCAGUCUCGGCCUCAGUGUGGACUCGAAGGAGCUCGUCGACACCAAAGUCACCAAUUGCUCUUCUGUCAAACCAAUUUUUGUGCCCAAAAACAUCUCGAACAAUGUCCCCGAUUUCCCUGUCGAUGGGUCCAGAUUGUCGAUAUGCCGGUCCAGGCACAGUUGCUGUACGCCAGAUAUGGAGGAUGCUCUUCACACUCGGGUCAGGAGAGACUUCCAGAGCUUGCUACAUCACAGUUCACAAACUGUCCAGGGCCUGUUGUAUACCACCGCUACUACACUCCAGAAUCACGUGACGCUGCUGGCGCGCAGUUCCGAGAACAAGACGCUGACGCUGUUCAGUGAGGCGUACCCUCGCAUGUUCACGGUGGCGCACGAGCCCAUCUCCUCACUGUACCGGUCACUUCUGGUGUACGUGAACCGCUCGGACCCCAGUCUGCAGGUACCCUCCUCCAUCCCCUCCGGUGACGCCGGCAGACUGCAGCAGCUGGUUCUGGACUUCUUCGCCAAGCUGUUUCCCCUGGUAUACCACCAAGCGGUCAACCUUCACGCCAUGGAUUUCACGGAGGAGUAUAAAGUGUGUCUCAGAAAAGCGUUUCCCGAGAUCCUCCCGUUCAGUGACUUCCCGAGGGAGAUCGCCCUCGACAUAGCCAAGACCUUCGAGGAGACUAAGGUCCUACUGGAGGCGCUCCUGCUAGGAGCCGAUAUACUGAACACGACAGACCAGCUUAUGGCCUCCACGUCGUCCUCGGGCCUGGACAACUGUUACGAGGCGCUGCUGAGGCUACAUUACUGUCCGCGCUGCCAAGGUCUCCCAGUCUCCAUCAAGCCCUGCAACGGUUACUGUCUGAACGUGAUGAGAGGCUGCCUCACUCAGCAGCGGGCCCACGAGCUGGACUUGCCGUGGAACAACUUCCUCAGCGAGACCGAGCGCUUGGUGCGCCAGACCAGAGAGCAUAGCGGAGUCGAGGGCGUCCUCCGGACACUCACUAAUAGGAUAUCGGACGCCAUCAUGUACGCCUCCAUCAACGGGCCGCUUAUCGAGAAAAAGGUCAAGAAGUUGUGCGGAGGAGCCAAGCUUGUGGCUGGAUCGGCUACUUCUCGACAACCGGACCAACGAUUGGCGGGUCCUGACGCUAGUGUGGAGCUGCCUGGAGUGACAGUGUCCAGUGUGGCCCGAGGGUACAGGGAGAGGUACCCGGACAGUCCUCUGGGAGCCCAGCUACAGCUGUUCCUGGACGCGGUCACCAGCACCCAUGCCCGCGGCUUCUACGCCAACUUGGCAGACAGCUUGUGCAGCGAUGAGAGCUUUGCAGAGACCCGGGAUACCGCUGACUGCUGGAACGGCCUUAGGGUCGGAGAGUAUACCAAGACUCUGGUACGCCCAGGAGUGGAUGCCCAGAAGUAUAACCCGGAACUGACCUGGACAGAGUCGGAACCUGAUCCCAAAAUUGGACAGCUCAGUGACAAGCUCAGACAUAUGAGACAGGUGGUACUGAGUCAGCUGAGUCAGACCAACCAGCUGAUGUCUGACUCGUUUGUCCGUGGGGAAGAGGGUAGUGGCAGUGGACACUCUCCUCACUGGGAGUCUGAUGAUGACGAUGGCUCUCGGGACACAUGGAAUGAAGAAGGCUCAGGAUCUGGCAAUGGAGACUUAGAAGAAACAUCCGAAGUGGUUCCCGGGGUUAACCAGCCAAGCCCCAAGAACACAAACAGCAAACCCACGUCUCACGCAGUGACGCUUAGCGCGCCUUGCUUGCUGACACUCGUGUUGCUGCUGUCCCUGCCUCUCGCAAGAUGGCACUGAGUGCACUUCGCUCACUUCCCGUUCCCGGCAAUAACUCGUACAUAGAGCAAUGGAAAGCAAAGAAUUUAUAACAGUAUUAGGCCUGCAUGGCUGUAUAAGCUAUUGAGGCAAGCUUGUUGUAUACCAGUAAUGUUGCGAUCCUCAGAAAAAAUUUCUUCUCUGUGUAUGAAAACAGCUGAUUGCUUCAAACAUUCUCUCAGGGGUUUCUUUUUUUGUGUCUCUAGAGUGUGAAUGCAUUUUGUUAAUCAUGACUGCUAUAAAAUAUCAUCCUUAGGUAAUAAAAAAAUAAUUCUUUGCUUUCUCUUGUGAUUUGGCAUUUAAUUUGUAUUAUCUUGCCUUCCAAAGUUUAUUAAAACUUUUCAAUCAAGUAAUAGUUUUCACAGCUGCCUGUGAUAGUUUGUAAUUUAUUUAAAAUUAUGUGACUUAAAUUUUAAAUGUAAAAAUCACGAAUCAUGUAAUGUAAUUUAAAAGAUUUUCGUUAUCAUUAUCUGCACAAAAUUGUAAAUAGUUUUUAACGCUUAGCUGUGGGGUGGCAUGCAUGAAACGUUCCUAACAGUUUAAUAAAAAAUUGUUUUAUAACUUUAUUAUGUCGCAUUUAGAGGAACAGAUCUUUGUUAUUCGCUCAAUUUUGAUUCUACGUAAUGCUCUGUUUUGUUAAUACUGUAAUACCAUUAUCUUCCACUUGUCGUAUUUCGUACUCUGUAUAUAGCAGUGAAAGUUGCCACCCAGGCUGUCAGCCAUUGCUCGUGCCAUGCAGGCUUCUGACUGAACGUGCUCGCCCCUAUUUAGAUAAAUUUUAUAAGUUUGGUUGUAAGCACUUCUGAGUGAAUGGCGGUUCGUGUGUUUUAUUUUUAAUUGUACAAAGUAUAUGUAUUUUUGCACCAAGUGCGAUUUCCCUUUGUAAAUUGAUGCUUUGAAAGCAGUUAUCACGAUUUUGUAUCCUUCUUAAACUGUUUAAAAUUCACUUGUUAUUUAUUAUUUUUGGCGUUUUUGGACAGAGGUCAUAGACAUAUUCCAAUAUAAAUUUGGGGUAAGGGACCAAAUAUUGUUUGCUUCUUCUAAAAAUUGUGUAAGUUAAAUGCGGCUCUGAGAUGUUACUUUACAUUCUAAACCUUACUUGAACGACACCAACAGCUGUUUACCGUCAUACAAAUAGAAUAUCUCUAUGACCCCUACAAUGACUUACAGUUGGUUUAAACUUGCUUCUCAAGUUGGGGUUUAUUGAACUUACAGUAUAUUAGCCGAAGCAUGAGCUAUAUAUGGAAGCAAAUUUAGACAUACUGUAAUCCCAUGUGUCUGUGAUUGUGAAUGUAUGCAUGUGUUCGUUUGUAUGUUUGCGUGUAUAUAACUAUUUUUGGCACUUAAUCUAUCAUAACAUGUUUCAUCAUUUCACCAUUACACACUACUUGACAUGUUUGCAAUGUGAAUAACUGUUUAGGAAAUGUGUAAAUAUAAAUUUUGUAUGCAUUCAACAAAGGGUGCUCUAAAACAUUUUUUCUGUUGAAAGAACUAGUAAUUGCUAUGAUAUUUGCAAUACCCAAAAUAAAAAAAUGAAAAUCUAAUUUUAUCCGCAAUAUCUGAUUUUUUCCAGUAUUCAGCUUUUGGUAAUAGUUAACUUUUUAUAGUCAAAGUUAUUUGGUUGGAUAUCACAACAGUUAUGUUACACUAAUCCUGCUGAAUUACAACUUAUUGAGGUUCAAUAUAGACUAAAAAUAUGUGCACUCUUUGUUUGUAUUUAUUAGUAAUUGUAAUAUUUUACUCGGAGUGUAAAAUUUGCCGUCGGAUUCUCGAUGGAGCUGUGAUACGUUGAUUUCUAUUGAACACUUCCUUGUGUCAAUUUAUUUUAAGACCAUGUGUGAGAAUUGAAAGAGUAGCUAUUUUGGCAUGUGUUGAUUGUUGUCGGAAUCAUUGAGAAUAUUUUAAGAGCAACGUUAACGUAGUCAUAUUAGUUUAUUCAGAGUCUAAAAUAGUUUAAAACUGUUAGAUGUACAGAAAGGUACUCUUACAGUUUAGGUAUAGAAUGAAUUUCUUUUAUAAGAGAAUUGUUUGUUAUCAAUAAUAUAUCAGAAUUCAGUUUUUAACUAAAAUCAGUGUUUAGUUAACCACUUAGAUUUAGGCAUGAAACUUCAGCCAAUCUAUUCAAAUGCAAGCCUUAAUGAUAUAUGAAAUAAUUUAAGUCGUAACUACUUUGGAUUUGCAUUAAAGAAUGUAUUUUUUAAAUAUAAUUUUAUAUAAACUACGUAACUAGUCUUUAGUAAUAAUUACAAUAAUAUAAAAUAAGGACUAUUUGAUUCUACAUAGGUUUAGUUGCUGUCUUGAAAAGCCAGUUUUAUUUGUUAAUUUUGGUUAUGUUUUAGCCACUGCCUAAACAGUAACAAAAUGUAUAAACGAAAUAGUGUAAAGCUUGCAGAUUUAACAACACUAAGUACAUGAACUGCAUCUGUCUUAAUAAGUAGAGAUAUAUAGAGAAAAUAAAGAAUUUUAUAAAUAAACCAUUUGCGUUA